AUGUCCCCCCCCGACACAACCACCCCCCGCCGCCUCACCCAAACCGCCGCCCUCCUCCUCACCACCCUCAGCGCGGGCGUCAACCUCUCCCUCUCCACCUUCCUCGUCCCGCGCCUGCUCGAGUCGCCCACGCCCACCAUGCUGCAGCAGUGGCGGCGCACCUACGCGCGCGGCGCGUCCACCAUCCCCUUCGCCGCGGCCGCCGCGGCGGCUGGGUAUCUGUGGCUCGGUCUUUCCGGGGGUUGUGGUGGUGGUGGUGGUGGUGCGGGGAUGGGGUUGUGUAGGGCGAGGUUGUAUCUGGCUGCGGCGGGAUUGACGGUGGGGAUCGCGCCGUAUACGAUGGUGGUUAUGGGCGGGGUGAAUGGGCGGUUGAAGGGGUUGGAGAAGAGGGUUGGGGAGGUGAGGAGUGAGGGGGAGGUGGCGAUCGAGGAGAGGAGUGCGAAGGGGUUGGUGGAUUGGUGGGGGGUGCUGAAUCUCGGGAGGGCGGGGUUGUUGGUGGCGGGGGCGGUUUGUGGGUUGGCUGCGACGCUUUGA